UCUGGUCUCUCCCCUCUGCUGCUGCCCUCUUUUUCUCUCCUCCCUUGUUCUCUCUCUUUUUCAUCUUUUGGCUUUACCCUGUGGAUUUCCACCGUCUCAUUGGACACCUUAGUAGAGCAGCUCCAUCGUUCCUAGCUGACUGUCACGACAAAAGAAAACAAGGGAAGGGCAGAGAGAAAGAAGAAAAUCGAUGUUCUGACCCAUGAAGACGGCAAGUUUUCUUGAAUCAAAUCACAUCCCCUUUUUUGAUAGAAUAUUCAAGCUACUUUUUCUUAACCUUUGACAAGCACAGUCAAAAGUCAUCCGGACAAGCAAUGAAUAAGACUAACGUCUUCUCCCUGCCUCGACCUUAGUGAGAGGAAAACCAAUUAGAUCUUGGAUGUGGUCUAUUGCAGACGAGACCUCUUUUUAGAGACCCAUCACCUGCCUCUCGCUACAUAUCUUUGGCCACCGCUAUAUCAGGAUCCAUUCAAGACUUGAACGACGACAACUCUUUAUGACUUUUUUAUUUGUUUUGUCUAAAUGAUCAUGCUGGACACCAACCACUUCCUGUCCUUUGAGCUCGCCCCCUUGGACUCUCCUCCAAUGGGGGAAGAGCUGGACAAGCAGGACUUGAUGGAUUACGAGAGACAUGCCUAUCACAGCCUAAAAGAAGUCCUCCAGCUCAAACUUCAGCAGAGACGCACCCGGGAGGAACUGGUCAGCCAAGGGAUCAUGCCACCACUGAAGAGUCCGGCAGCCUUCCACGAGCAGCGGAGGAGUCUGGAGAGAGCCAGGACUGAGGACUAUCUGAAGAGGAAGAUCAGGAGUCGUCCUGAGCGCUCAGAGCUGGUCAGGAUGCACAUACUGGAGGAGACGUCAGCAGAGCCGUCUCUGCAGGCCAAGCAGCUGCAGCUGAAGAGGGCCAGGCUGGCUGAUGACCUCAAUGAUAAGAUCUCCCACAGACCUGGUCCUAUAGAGCUCCUCCACAAGAACAUCCUGCCUGUAGACCUGGACUGUCCUCUGCAACACUCACUACUGGAUUCUCCAAAGGGUGCAGGAGAAUCCUCAUUGGACGAGGACAGUAGUGAUGCGUUUUCUCCGGACACUCUAGCCAAUCACGACUCUCCACUGGGUCCUGUCUCCCAGCUGUCCCCCUCUGACAUGCUCACUCAGAAUGGGGACAUGUCCCCCUCACAGUUCUUUACCCAGGUCCCUCCUCCCCCUCCUCCACUGUUGCUGAAUGGCCAUGACUCCUUGCAAGCACAGAAGCUGACCAAUGGGACAGCGACGCCAGUUGCUUCCCGCCCUGCCAGUGGUCAAAUCAAGUCCAAGCCCAGCUUGGAGCGCCUCCCCCAGAGGCCUAAGAAGGCCAAAGACAUGAAGCCCAAGGUGAAGAAGCUGAAGUACCACCAGUACAUCCCUCCGGACCAGAAGGCUGACCGGGAGCCUCCCCCUCAGCUGGACUCCACCUACGCCAAGAUCCUCCACCAGCAGCAGCUCUUCCUCCAGCUGCAGAUCCUCAACCAACAACAGCAGCACUACAACUACCACACCAUCCUUCCUGCACCACCCAAACCACCUGCAGAGCAGCCACCUUCAACCAACCCCGGGCCCUCCCCUUCGCGCAGUGUUCCCCUGACGACCCCGGCCCCUUCCAAUCAGCAUGGGCCAAAUCGUCAGAGCCAAACCCCUGUGGGAGGGGCCAAACCUUUGACGCUACCAGCCAACCUGGAUGACUUCAAAGUUGCUGAGCUGAAACAGGAGCUGAAACUGCGGGGUCUGACUGUGUCUGGAACCAAGAUGGACCUGAUCGAGAGGCUGAGGAACUACCAGGAACAGAAUGUUGGAGGUGGAGCUGGUGUUAUUGCGACUGUAACCUCUAAACCCAGCCUACCAACCCCACAGCAUGCCUCAACCCAACCUGCUGGGUUCACCAUCCCUGCCCCCCCCCAGACCGGGACCAAUACCCUCACCCACCAAUCAGGAGAGGCAGGCGGGAAGAUACCCACUUUCUCAUUGGCUCAGAGUGCUGCUCCGGCCCAUGUUAUGAGGUUUGGCAGUACGAACUCCUCCCCUCCUGUGUCUCCCACCCCGUCAGAACGGUCACUGGCGGUAAUGAGCCCCGACGAGACCAGCUGUAAUGGAGACUUAUUCGGGGAGAUGGUGAGUUCUCCCCUGACCCAGCUCAGCCUGCACCACUCCCCAGCCUCCAUCAAAGAGGAGAACCAGGAUCACUUACCCACCUGCAGCCUCUCCCAGUCCCGGCUUUCGCCCACCGCGCCUCAGCCUGCCACCCCACCUCAGGAGCCCCUGGCUGUGGCAGCCAUGGAGGCCUCCCCCUUGGACAAGAACCAGUUGCUCCAGGAGAAGGACAAGCAGAUCGAGGAGCUGACACGCAUGCUGAGGCAGAAACAGAGGCUGGUGGAGACCCUGCGCUCCCAACUGGAGCAGGGGAAACAGACAGGAUUGAGAGAGAUGGAGAGAGGAGAGAUAGAGGGAGUACAGGGUGUGGUGGUGAAUGGUUAUGCCCAGGAGGCCCAAACCAAAACCACCCCCAUCAAAGCCUCAACCAUCCUCCAUCCCUCUCUCACCCACGGAGAGAUGGUGAGGGUCAAGAAGGAGGUAGAGACGCAAGAAGAGAUGGAAGGAGUGGACGAAACUCAGCCUAAGGGACAGCCUCAGCCGACACAGUGCUCUCAGCAGACUCUUCUCAAACUGCAGCAGAUCCACCGGAUACAGGUUCAACAACAGACACAACAACUAUUUCAGACACAACAACAACAGCAGAAACAACAACAGCAGUCCCAACUGCUCCAGCAACAAAAACAGCAGCAACUACUACAGACACAACAACAACAACAACAACAACAACAACAACCGACACAACAGCAGUCCCAACAGCUCCAGCAACAAAAACAGCAACAACAGACACAGCAGAUGCAGCAGCAGAAGACAUCAGCCCAGUUGUUAAUCCAGCAACAGCAGCAGUUGCAGCAGAUGAUCAUCCAGCAGACCCAGCAGAAACAGCUCCAGCUGCAACACAAACAGCUGCAGGCCCAGCAGAGGAAGCAGCAGAGACAGGCCCAGAGACAGCAGCAGAACAAACAACUGAGUCAGACUGUCACCACACAACAGGUUACUCCAGUCUUCAUCGGCCAACAGAAUGGCACCCAGGUCCCCGCCCAGACCUUUUCAUUGGACCUCCUCAAGUCGGGCACCACGCCCACACUUGUCACCGACGGCAACGGCAACCACUACCUGAUAGCACUGACCAAUCACAAUGCAGAGGGCCAGAAUGGCGUGACCUCAUUGGGCAAAACCAGUGUAUCACAACGCAUCACACUGCAGCGAUUGCAGUCAACUCCAAGCAAACUCCCCAGCCAAUCGCCAGCUGAGAUAUUCAGCCCCGACACCCAAUCAAAACAACAGUUACAACCAGGCCCUGUCAACCAGCCUAUCAAAAAGGAACAGAAGGCGGGUCUACAUCUGGAGACCAAUGGCAUGACCAAUGGAGUGCCAGAGCCGAGUCAGUCCGUCUCUGCUCCGCCCAAUCUCCAUCCUUUCUUUGACGAGGCGUCCAACUCGUCUGAAAGCCAAAGCACCGCUCCCCCCUUCCUCAAGAAAGAAGUGUGUCCGACUUUUGACCGGCACACUUUGUUCACCCCUCGCUCUCCUAAACAGACCUGUUUCUCCUCCACUCAACGCCUCAGAGAGAACGGCCUGAGCAGUCAACAGAUGGACGACCUGUUUGACAUCCUCUUGAAGAGUGGAGAAAUCUCUGGAUUACGAGCAAACCCAGACCCUUCCCUGUCCCACCUCCACUCCAACCCCCCCACCCCUCCCUUGUCCCCUCUCCACCUGUCGCCCCCCACCCCCCCUCCGGAGCACUCCCUGCCCUCCCAGCAGCCCUCGCCAUCGCCCUGCAUAGGAAGUGGUCGUCUGGAGGAUUUCCUGGAGAGCACCACAGGCACGCCCCUCUUGGGGGUGGAGCCUGACGGUGGCCUGACUUUAAUUGACGACCUCCACAGCCAAAUGCUGAGCACCUCCAGCAUCCUGGACCAUCCCCCCUCCCCGAUGGACAUGGACACCAGUGACCUGGGCUUCUCCCCCCACCCAGCAGGGCUUGACUUUGAGGACCCAGCCCUGGACAGCAUGGACUGGCUGGACAUCUCCAUGGGAGGUGGAGGGGGGAUGAGUCUCGCCCCUCUGGGCCCCCACACGCCCCCCAGUGUGUUCUCAGCAGACUUUCUGGACAGCUCGGACCUCACUCUGCACUGGGACUCCUGUUUGUAGCUCCUACGGAGUGAGCAGUGGUAAAGACAUACACAAAGACACACGCUCACGCAUACUGCGUACAGGCUCUAUCUCUCACGCACAUACUCUUACUCGCUAAGCAGGUCCACCACUCUGGAGGUUCACUGGCCCAGCAUCAUACACUGAGACGGGGUGCCUUGCCCUGUGUUCACUCUGGCCUCAUGUUUGGACAGGCUAGAGAACAAAACUGACUUUAGAUCAGAGGCAGUGGGUGAAGGAGAAUACUGCAUUAGUGGAGCUUGGUCAUGCUCUGACACACCCUUAUGGUGACAAAGGGUAAUACACGUGGAGGGCAGCCCCGAUGUGUCAGUGGUGCCUGCACUUAUGCUGAGACUGUUGAUUGGUGGAAAGCUGUAAUGAACAAACCUCAUUGGUGGGAACCUAAUGAAUCGAACCUCAUUGGUGCAAACCAGGGGAGCGUUUACAAUUGUGUUUAACUCAACGGAAACUGCACUGUACUGAACGACCAGUGGAAGAACGGUGUGAUUAUGGUGGCCCAGACGGAGAUUGUGUAUGGUGUGUGCUGCACGAGUUUUAAGAUUUUAAAUGGUCACAUCCAUAUUGAUCAACCUCGCCACAUCCACCAAACAGGAGCAAACGUACCUCAAAGGCUGUUGAAGAACAGUACACACUGUUUUGGGGAAGCGUGUCGUUCACUACAAACCGCCACGCAACGUAGCAAUCGUUGCAUUGAAUUGAACGCACUCCAGUUGAUGAAAUGAAUCUCAUUGGAGGAGGCAGUUACUAGAGGUGUUUGCUAGAUCACUAUGCAUUUCUGUAUAUGGGGUGUGUAUUAUUGAUUGUUCAUAUUUUUCUUCCCGGUUGCUUAGAAUAGCAGGUGGGGAAUAAAGGGGUCACGGCUUGGUUUCCAAACAACUUGGACCUUGUCAUUUUAUAUGAAAAAUAUAUAUAAAAAUAAAAAGUCAAUGAAAACCUGAAAA